AUGCCUUUCCUCAACUUCACGGUGAAGAUCGCCAACACCGGCAAGGUCACUUCCGACUACACUGCUAUGCUCUUCGCCAACACCACCGCCGGCCCUGCUCCGUACCCGAACAAAGACCAUAACCAUCCCGUGACCAUCGACAGCAUGGCUCGUACGGAUGAGGCGGGCAAUCGGGUCCUCUACCCGGGAAAGUACGAGCUGGCGCUGAACAAUGAGCGGUCGAUUGUCCUUCGGUUCGCCGCGCUGACGGGCGGAGAGGCUGUGAUUUCCAAGUGGCCUGUAGAGGAGCAGCAGAUUUCGCCUGCAUGA